CAAGUGUAAUAUAUAUAUGGAAGCCUGAUCGUUUUUUCCACCAAUUAUUCUUUAUAUGCUGAUAUAUUGCUGGCAACUGCUGAUUUCCAAUAAUGCAUUUGUGUAUUUAGGAUUUACGUCAGUGGAUGAUCAACAAGAGUAAAAAAAAAGUAAUAAAAAGCGACUGUGGCGUAAACGAAUUUGCAAGAACAUUAUUGUAAUGAUAUCCUUAGGAGAUAUAAAGCUUGAGUAACGAGGAUGGAGUGUACAAGACAGAUAUUCUCUGCACUGCUUAUUCUAUUAACGCUAUAUUACACAAUAUCAACUUAUGUUGGAGAUGCUCAGCAGAUUGAUGAGCUCUCUAAAAUCGGUUGGCUUUUUUCCGAUGCUUCUGUUAAGAUUAAGAGAGUUGAACGAGCUUUAAUCACUGCUGGAAGAGGAUUCGAGGAUGACGGUUCACCAAAGACUAUAAGCGGCAGUUGCCGAAAUAAGUUGAAUGAUCUUUGUGGAAAUAUAGAUAACAAUAAUGACGAACUCAUGCUGCUUGAGUGCAUUCAAACGUUCAAGCCUACUGAGAUGUCCGGAAUCAACCAUAUGUGUCAGCAGGCAAUUUGGUCAUAUAUUCAGAAUAUUACAAACAAUCAAAAUAUAAAGAGGCUUGCCAUGAAGGCGUGCGGUCUUGCACAACUGAGCAUUCUGGAAUGUUCAGAUUCUGAUAAAAUCCCUGGAGCGUAUCUUUCUUGUUUGAUCGACAAACGAGAGAUGAUCAGAAAUCCUGAUUGCAUUACUUACAUUCAGAGAUUAGAGUGGAUUGCUUUCAGUGAUUUCAGAAUUCUGACUCCUUUUAAGGCAGAUUGUAUGAAUGACAUUAAAAUCUUUAAAUGUGAUACUCUGCAGCCCUACAGAGAUAUAUCACAAGGUCAGAUACUAGCUUGUCUGCAGGAACAUGUUGAACAGCUGCAACAUGAAUGCAGAAAACAUAUUCUUCAUGUGUCUGAAAUUCAAGCAGAAAAUAUCAAACUGGAUCGUCAGUUAUACAUGGCAUGCAUUCACGAUCAUACGAAGUUCUGUCCUAACAUUCGGCCAGGCAGUGGUCAAGUCUACAAAUGCUUGAUGCAACAUAAAACUGAUAGAUCAAUGACCGCUCAGUGUCAAGAACAAUUGACGAGGAGGGAGAAGCUUAUUGCUUCUGACUAUAGAGUUAGCAAGGGUUUAGUUAAAGCGUGUAAGGAAGAUAUCAGAAGUAAUCACUGCAGGCGAUCCGUGUCCGACGACAAGGACAUCAAGUUAGCGCAAAUCUUGCUUUGCUUGGAGUCGGCUGUUAAGAACGGUAGCAAGAUCGAUGGGAAUUGUCAAGCAGAAAUGUUCGAUCACAGAAAGCUCCUGAUGGAAGAUUAUAGAUUGUCACCGGAGAUCGUGGAUGGAUGUGCCAACGAUAUUACGGCUUUUUGCAAUAGUCUCGAAGUCGGCGGUGCAACGAUACACUGUCUGAUGGAGCAUACGAGAACAAGAAAAAAGAAAUCGAGAGUCGCGCCGAAAUGUCAAAGAGCGUUGGAGGAGUUAAUUAUGGAAGCUGAUGCUGGCGAAGAUUGGAGAAUUGACCCGAUUUUAAGAGAACGAUGUCAGCCUGUUGUCAAUCUAGCUUGCAGAGAUGUACACGGUGGAGAUGCUAGAGUGAUAUCGUGCUUGAUGGAACAAUUAGGGACAGAGAGGAUGACGGAGGCUUGUGAGACUGCUCUAGUGCAAAUACAAUACUUUAUCGCUAGAGACUUUAAACUGGAUCCGCAAUUGUACAAAGCAUGCAAGUUUGACGCUGUACGUUUGUGUCACGCGAGAAACGCAUGGGCGAACGAUGGUAAACAGAUGGAUCCUGAAACAGGACCUCUCGUACUGCCAUGCUUGUAUCGGCAUGUAUAUCAGAAAAAUAUGACGUUGAAAACAGAUUGCUUGGACGAAAUUAGAAGAGUUAUGAGGCAGCGUGCUGUAAAUGUCGACUUGCAACCUGAGAUAGAAGAAGUGUGCUUCAAUGAACUAGCAUUACUUUGUUAUGAUAAAACUGGAAAGGGAGAGGAGAUUCUUUGUCUGCAGGAUAAUUUAGACAACUUGAACAAAAAGUGCAAGCUUGCAGUUGGAAAUUUCACUGAAGAACAAGCAGAGCGUGUCGAGCUGAAUCCUAUCAUUUCUUCCGCUUGUCAACAUAUUAUGGAACGUCAUUGUGAGGAGGUACUAAAAUAUGGGAAGGACGAGGGAGAUAUGAUGGAAUGUCUUAUUGAGCACAAAAAUGAGCUAGAUGCACGCACUGAUUAUAAAUGUAAAGCUGCUGUAGAACAUUUCCAAUUGAUAUCUUUAAAGAAUUAUCAUUUUACAUAUAAGUUUAAAGAGGCUUGCAGGCCAUACGUUAAAAGAUGGUGUCCUAAAUCGAAGACGAAAGCCGAUGUGAUAGAGUGUUUAAGCUCGAUUGUGCAGGAGGAUAUAAUAAAAGAGUCCCAGCAUCGCGUGUUGAAGGAUUGUAGACAGCAGCUGCGAGCACAACUUUAUCAGCAACGAGAAAACAUUCAUUUCGAUCCUAUCUUACAAGCGGCCUGCGCAGUAGACAUUAAACAAUAUUGUUCUAAUAUUCAACCAGGCAAUUCGCAGGUACUAGAAUGCUUGGCAUCGCAUAAGUCUAAGUUAACAGACAUGUGUCACAAGCAGCUGUUUAAAGUGAGGAAACAAGAGUUUCAAGAUAGUUCCAGCGAUGUACCUCUAUUGAACACUUGUCGAGUUAUGAUUAGGCAAUUUUGCCACGAUGUGAGCAAAUCACAAACUUUGGAUUGUCUGAAGAGAUACAAAGAUGAGCUUACUUUUGAUGACAAAUGUAAGAAUAUUGUGAUUCGAAGAAUGAUUGAACAGAAUACAGAUUAUAGAUUUAAUACUGCGUUACAAAACGCGUGUGGUUCCGAUAUCGAUAGACAUUGCAAAGAAGUAUUGGUACAUGAGCGUACUGACAAAGAACUAGAAGGAAAGGUAAUUAGAUGUUUGAAAAUCAAAUUUCGGGAAUCGAAACUGACGACUAAAUGCGAGCAUCAAAUGGCUAACAUUCUUAGAGAAGCUGCAUUGAAUUAUCAUUUAAAUCCAUUAUUAGCAACCAUGUGUGCACAUGAGAUUGAAACUAUAUGUCGAUCGGAUGAAAAUGAGCGACCUGGUACUGUCGAGGAGUGUCUCAAGAAAGAAUUCAAUGCCGGGAAUAAAGAUAUGAAGGAAGAAUGUCGUUUGGAAAUCGCUGAUCAGAUAGAACAAACAAGGGCUGACAUCAAUGUGGAUCCCUUGCUGCAAAAAGCUUGUGCAGUGGAUGUCAGCAAAUAUUGCAGUGCUGUACCUCAAGGCGCAGGAAGACAUAUAAAAUGCUUGCAAAAUGCAUUACAAGACAGUAAUAAACCUUUGCAACCUGAUUGUUUCAAGAUGUUGACUACGAGGAUGGAAAUGUUUAGAAAUGCUGAUAAGUUAAUCGCACCAAAUUCGUUCGAGGAGCUGUAUUCGUCGGUAAAUCGUUCCCCAGCGCGGCGUUACUUCAUGGUCGUCGGCUUCACCAUGAUUGGGAUAAUCUUUAUCGUCGGAAUGUUCUGUGGUCGAGUGACCAGGCGGACGAUGAUUAUGAAAAACAAGUGACGACGCGGCCGGGGUCCGUCUACUAGUGAAAUGACUUUUGUGAAAUUAAUCGAGGGAUUAUAAGUGCGUAAAUUGUAACGUGCAUUGAUUCGAUCGACGAUCAUGAAAUGCAGAAGUUUUACAAUAAGUAUAAAGAGGUAACAUACCUUCUUUUUAUA